AUGCAAUUAACAAUUCGUCUAGUAAAUUCUGUUAGUCAUCUUGGUUUAACAUCUAUUUGUCACUCAUCAUUAUUUUCAAAUUAUUCAGUAGAUAGUAGUUCUGUAAUAGUUGUAUAUAUUAAUCGAAAAAUUCGUGAAGAAAUCAUAUCGGAUGUUCUUAAUUUAUAUAAUUCAAAUCCAACUGAAGAAUCAUUUCGUGAUAAUACUCUAAAUGCACAAUUUGAAGAUCCAUUGUAA